GUAUAUACCUUCUUAACCAAGGUAACCGCACUUGUUACUUCUCCCCCGUAGUCUCUCUACUCGGAAUCCUAAUGGCGGCGAAGUUUGAAGACGACGACGUCUCGUUGAUACUCGAAGAACAGCGUGAAGAAAUCAUGGCGGCGAAAACCCUAGCUCGCGACCACGAUUUGGCUUUUAAUCUCCAAAUGCAAGAAGCCCUAGCGGUUUCUAGGGCAGCCCACACUUCCUCCGUCCCUGAUUCUUCUUCCGGCGACGUCGCUACCGUCGAUUUCACCGGAGGGUAUGACGAAUUCGACUUCACUUCGCUGAUUCUACAGGACAUUGAACGAGUCGACCAGGAGAGGAGAGACCGUGCGUUUGGUGAACAGGAGAUGAAGAGGCUCAAGGUUGAUCUCGACCGUCGGAUUCAUGAUCAGAAGUUUGCUCAAGAGAUUAUGAGAAUCCCUGAAAGAGAUUGGAGUAAUUAUGGUGCUGAUUACGAAAAGCCGUAUACUCUCGGUGCUGGGGCUUCUUCUUCUUCAUCCUCUGCGAUUGGGAAUGAGAGCUUUAAGGUUUAUUGUAAGGGUUUGGUUAGUGAAGAGAUGAUUGGAGAUACUAGGGUUAUGGUUGGUGGUGUUGGUGUGGCUCUUUGUGAUUCGACUGGUAAUUUGAUUUGGGAGGUGAAGAAGGUUUUAGUAGCUGAGGAGGCUAAAAGCCCUGAAAUUGCGGAAUUGGAGGCGCUUGUUCAUGGGUUGGAUGAAGCUUUGACCUUUGAUUUGGGAAGGGUUACGUUUUUCAUUGAUCAUUUCAAGGUCUUCCAAUACGUGACAGGUAAGUUGACACCGACUCAGAGCGCUGUUGCGACGCUUGUAAACAAAGUGGCUAUUCUCCAAAGUAAAUUCUCAUUUUGCCAACCAUCACUUGUGACAAGAAAUGGUGUUAAGUUUGUCUUCAAGCUAGCAAGAGAUGCUAUUGUGUCUCAGAUCAAGUGGCGUGAGGAAGCUAGUACUGGCACGACCUUCAAGGAAACUUGUGUGAUUUGUUUUGAAGGUAUCACUGUUGACAAGAUGUUCUCGGUAGAUGAUUGUUUCCACCGUUUCUGUUUUUCCUGCAUGAAACAACAUGUUGAAGUGAAGAUACUAGGAGGGCAAACUGCUAAUUGUCCGAGUGAAGGCUGCAAAUCAGAAGUUAAGAUCGAGUGCUGUGCAAAAUUUCUAGAUCCUAAGCUGGUUGGUGUGAUGAUCCAACGAAAGAAAGAAGGCUCGAUUAAUGUUGCUGAUAAAGUCUAUUGUCCGAUACCCACGUGUUCGGAGCUGAUGGUGAAAUCGGAGGUCUUGGAAUACACCAAACAGUAUUUCGUUAGUGCUGAGGAAUCUAAAGCGAGAAAAUGUAUGAAAUGUGGGCAGUUCUUCUGCACCCAAUGCAAGGUACCGUGGCACUAUGGCGUCAGUUGCUCUGACUUCUGUAAAUCAAAGGCUUAUCUGAAUGCUGGGGAUGGAUUGCUAAAGUCUCUGGCACAUAGCAAGAAGUGGCGACAAUGCACUAAGUGUAACGUUACGGUUGAGCUUCUUUUUGGCUGCUACCAUAUAACCUGCAGAUGCGGAUACGAGUUUUGCUACACAUGUGGAGCUGAAUGGAAGAAUAAGAAAGCAACAUGUACCUGUCCGAUUUGGGACGAACGCAACAUAAUCCAUCGAAAUCAGAGGAAUCCGAACCCACCAGCCCCUAGGAGGUGAAUGUUUGUUCGUUCGUUGCGUGAAAUGUUUGGUAGGUAGGUUAAUAGGUUAAGAUUCAGGAAACAGUUGUAGAAUCAACUGGUUUUGUUUUGCAUUUGGCUUUUUCGGCUUUUGUGGUUUUUGGAAACUUGAUCGGAUCUUCGGUGUUUUGGGAUCUUCUCUUUCGGUUUGUCAAAUGCUUAGAAAAGAUUGACUCAAAUA